UCACUCGGCUCCUAGCUCCUCCUUCGCGGCGACGCUGCGGUUAAUCUGUGACCCUGCAGACUCGAUCGUUGGGGCCGUUAAUUCCGGACGGGAUGGCGGAGCUGCCUUCGUUUCUCUCCGCAAAGGACGUAGGAUCAUUUGCGUAUCUUACAAUUAAAGACAGAACACCGCAGAUCUUAACUAGGGCUAUUGACACAUUGCAUCGACAUAAAAAUGAAUUUUUUGAGAACCAUGGAGAGGAAGGUGUGGAAGCUGAAAAGAAAGCCAUCUCUCUUCUUUCUAAAUUACGGAAUGAAUUGCAGACCGAUAAGCCCAUUGUGCCCCUGGUUGAGGACUGUGCUGAUACUGACCUUUGGAAUCGGCAUCUUGAGUAUCAGCGCAGUCUGUUAAGUGAAAGCGAUGGACAGCCAAGUUGGUUCCGCUCGCCGUGGUUGUUCGCGGAAUGCUACAUGUAUCGUAGGCUUCAUGAAGCAAUUAUCCAGAGUCCACCAAUCAAUGACUUUGAUGUAUUUAAAGAAUCCAAAGACCAAAAUUUCUUUGAGUCACAGGAAUCUGUCAUUGCUUUAUGCACUCACUUGCAAGAGUUAAUAAGAACUAUUGAAGACCUAGAUGAAAAUCAGCUGAAAAAUGAGUUUUUUAAACUUCUGCAGAUUUCACUUUGGGGAAAUAAAUGUGAUCUGUCUUUAUCAGGUGGAGAAAGUAGUUCUCAGAAGACCGAUAUAGUGAAUUCUGUGGACGACCUAAAACGUUUCAUUUUAGUGAAUGACAUGGAACAUCUUUGGUCAUUGCUUAGUAAACGCAAGAAAACUAGGAAAGAAGUGUCUAGAGUGUAUAUUAUUCUGGAUAAUUCUGGGUUUGAACUUGUUACAGAUUUAGUAUUGGCGGACUUCUUGUUGUCCUCAAAAUUGGCUACUGAGAUUCAUUUUCAUGGGAAAACCAUCCCAUGGUUUGUUUCGGAUACCACUGUCCGUGACUUUAACUGGGUAAUUACUCAGAUGAAGCACUGUAAUCAUAAGUGGGUGUCCCGGUGUGGGGUCGGCUGGGAGAACUACGUCAGAGUGGGUAGGUGGGUUUACCACGAUCAUAUAUUUUGGACUCUGCCUCAUGAAUACAGCGCAAUGCUCCAGGUUGCUCCUGAUUUAUAUGCUGAGCUACAAAAGGCAUGUUUAAUUUUAUUCAAGGGUGACUUGAAUUACAGGAAGUUGACAGGGGACAGAAAAUGGGACUUUACCGUUCCCUUCCAUCAGGCUCUGCGCGGCUUCCAUCCCGCCCCCCUGUGCAGCAUACGAACAUUAAAAGCUGAGAUUCAGGUGGGUCUGCAGCCAGGGCAAGGGGAGCAGCUCACAGCCUCGGAGCCUAACUGGCUGACCACUGGGAAGUACGGCAUAUUUCAGUUUGAUGGCCCGCUCCGGUGUGACUUCGGAAACCCCGCUGGCGAGAAGGAUCUGGGAAGCACCUUUUUCUCCCCGGAAGAGCAGUGUGUGGAUUGAGUCUCUGGACUGCAUUGCGUUGGGUCCGGAAAGCUUAGCUUCUCCAUGCUCACCUGCAUAUGCUCUGGGUGGCUUUUCCUCAGAACUGUCUGCCCCACUGCAGUGUUUUGGAUAUAGACAUUGUUUUAGGUUAGUUACAGAUGUUUAUGCUUAUGUUAGAAUUUUAGUAUCUGUUCCAUGUUAAAUGCAUAAUUUCAAGAGGUUUUAACGAACUUUUAAUUGGCAAGAAAGCAAAAUAGAAGUGAAUUUUGCUUUCUAAGUUAGUUGACCCUGUUUUAUCUUAAAUAGUGCGCUGCAUGGUAUUUAAAUGCUAGGAAGCAUGGAGUUUUAUUUAACUUGAUUUUAGGCUCUUGAAAUAAUGGCUCAGUGACAAAUACGCAUUUUAACGCAUCUCAAAGACGUGCACUCUUUUUUUGGUGCUGGGAAUUGAACUCAGGAUCUUGUGCUUAUCAGGCGAGCGCUGUGCUACUGAGCUGUAUCCCCAGCCCAAGAGCUGCAUUCUUAGAAAUGUGAUGCUUGAACACAUAAAAGGAAGACUUACCUCAUAAGUUAAUUACAACUCUUGUUCUCUAUGAUUUUAUUACAGUGGACUGUUAACUUGCAUGUAUUUGCAUUUUGGUUGGCAGGUAAAAAUGUAUAUUGAGAAACAGAAAAUUGAACAGGGUAAAACAAACAGUAUUUGAAAAAAUUGGCAUCUUUUACAGUCUAUUAUGAUAUCAGUCAACUGACAUUAUAAUUUUACUACAUAUGUGUUUUAAAUGAACAGAUUUUUAGUUUGCAGUUUUAGGAACUGCAAACUAAAAGCAAACGCUUCAUAUAAGAAAGACUCUUCUGUGUUGGAUUUGGAUACCACCGUUCUGCUUUUAUAUCACACGCUGUCCUGGCCAUCAUCGCAGAUACUAGGUACUGGUUUGUUUUGAAACGAAAAUUGGAAAUCAACCUGGAAAUGUUUUCUUGCACUGGAAUAAUAAAAUGUGCUGAAAAGUCUUCAUGGCUUUAUUUGCUAUUGGGGAAAAAUUAAGAGGGGAAGAUUCAAGAUGAGAUGUGUAUAAUGGAAACCUCCUGGUGUGUGUUACAAAUAUGGCCCAAAGUAGCUAUGAAACGAUGUGAGUCAUAAAUGGAGUUACAAUCCAUGCUUCUACUAAGUGCUUAAAUUUUUUUUUGUAGAGUACAUAAAGUUGUGCAUUUUGAGUUUAUUCUUACAUAUAUGUAUGUGUGUGUGUGUUUUAAACAUUAAGUUUCUAAAAUGCUUAGCAUUUUAGAACUAUUUGUGGACACUUGACAUAACUCAGAACAGUUUUAUAUUUGGAUUGAUGUAAUAGCCACAGUGUGAGCCGUUCUGUAUCACAUUUUCUAAAGCACUGAUGGUUUUUCCUGUGCUUACUGUAUAGUUUAUUAAAUCAGGACAUGACAUAUGGGGAAGUAGUUUACUGUCCAGCCACCCACAAGAAAGAGACCAAAGAAGCAAAGUAGCACAAGAGAGAAAAGUGGCAUCUGGAAGAAGUCAGGUGAAUGGGACUUUCGUAAACACUUAGCAGAGGGAUGGCCCUUAUUUUCACCAGUGGAAGGAGCAGGCUUACUGAAGUAUAAUUCACCCACAGUUCAUCCAGGUAGGGUACAGUAUUUCAGUAUGUUUACAGGGUGUGCACCAUUACCACAACCUAAUUUCAGAACAUUUUGGUCAUCCCUAAAAAGAAACUGUACCCAUUAGCAGUUGUCUCUCAUUUCUCUCUUCUUAACACUUGGAGACUACUAAUCCUUUUGUUUCUAUGGAUUUUCCUGUUCUGUACAUUUAAUAGAGACAAAAUCAUAAAAUACGUGGCCUUCUGGGGCAGGUAUCUUUUGAAGGCUCAUCAGAUGUAGCAUGUUAUAAUUCCGUCCUUUUUAUGGCCAAAUAAUACUCCAUUGUAUGGAUCUACCACAUUUUAUUCCUUAAUCAGACAUUGGUUUCUACUUUUUUGAAUAAGGGUGCUGUGAACAUUCACAGACAAGUACUGGUGUUUAUCGAUAUACUGUUUCAGUUCUUUCUGGUAUAUACCUAGGCUUCAAGUUACAUCAUCUGCUGUUUUGAGCAGCUUGUUUCCCAGAGUGUUUCCACGGCUUUGUAUUUCUGCAGCAGUGCAGAAGGGCUCCAGUUUCCCCACAUCCUUUUCAGCACUUGUUGAUGUUUUUGAUUAUAGCUCUGCUGUUGUGUGUGAAAUGGUAUCUCAUUAUAUUGACUUGUAUUUCUCUAAUGAAUAACGACAUUGAACAUGUUUUAAUGAGUGUAUUGUCCAUUUGUAUAUCUUUGGAGAGAUGUCUUCCAUCCCUUUGUCCCCUUAAAAAUUAUCUUUUUACCAUUUAAGAUUUAAAAAAUACAUUCUGAACAUUGUCUCUUAUCAGAUAACAUGAUUUGUAAAUAUUCUCCCGUA